UCAAACAAAUAUUUCUUUUGUGCUCUUUUUCUUUCCAACAUCGGCCAAAUAUAUAAAUAAAGCCAAGAAAACCCAAGUAAACAAAAAGUACAAAAGAGGCAAGAAUGACAAGACUCACAAUCGUUUUAGCUGGAGCUCUCUGCCUCCUCUCUCUCGCUCAAGUCGCCAAUUCCGAGAAGGCUAAAUUCAUCGUCAGGGGAGAUGUGUACUGUGAUUAUUGUCGUGCCACUUUCGUCACUCAAUUCAGCAAGCGUAUGCCAGGAGCGGAAGUGAAGUUGGUAUGCAGAGAUGAUUUUGACAAAGAUAAUAUUACAUUUCGCAUGACUGGGAUUGUAACCGACGACAAGGGAGAGUACACAAUAGAAGUGGAAGAUGAUCAUAAAGGUGAAACCUGUGAGGUCACAUUGGUGAAGAGUAGCAUGCAUGACUGCGCUGAGAUUGUAAAAGACGGUUUGGGAAGAAAACCGGCAGCUGAUGUUGUCCUCACCAACACAAAUUUCUACCAUGGUAAGUUCCGUAAUGCCAGUUCACUGACAUUCUCCCCCAAGAAAAGGGCACCUGAAUGCAUUGAACUCAAAAAGGAGAUCGAAGAAGACCCCAUCCCCUUGCCUGAUCAUUAAUGCGAUAUAUAUAUAUAUAUAUAUAUAAUGGAGCUUAAUUAAUUUCUUAUAUGUUAUAAUGCAUGUGUUUUGGGUAAUAUUAGGGAAGGAUUAAGCAUGUAUUAGCUAUAUCCUGAUGUGAAUGAGUUAAAGUAUUCUAUAGAUAGAGGAACUAAGCAUGUAAUAUCUAAUAAUUUUUAAAUUUUAAACUCUUGAAAGUACUUUGAAAUUUUGGACUUGACA